GUUGGUCGCCAUUUUGAGCAGCAGACCUGCCAACACCGGUAACGGUCGUCGUUACGCAGCAAAUUUAUAACGCGUUUGGUAUUUUAAUUACAUUUUUUCCGCCGAUUUAAGGAUCAAUGUCUCGCUUUAACAACAACCGUGGCGGCCUUGGGAUGAAUUUCCAGCAGCGCAGAGGCGGUGGGCCCGGCGGCCCGAUGCGGGGUGGGUUAAUGGGAAACCCACAUUUUAGGAACCAUCCUUUCCAGAACCACAACCAAAAUCGAAGGGGAGGAAAUAAUAACUACAACAGGGGGGGUCAUCAGAAGCCACAACAGAACCAGCCCAUCAUCCCUCCGCCGAGUCCCGGCCCUGCUCUCACCAUGAAAGGCCCGGCACAGCAGCAGCAGAAGCCGGCAGAGCAGCAGCAGAAGCCGGUAGAGCAGCAGCAGAAACCCGCACAGCAGCAGCAGAAACCGGCACAACAGCAGCAGAAACCGACAACCCCCGCGCCCCAGCCGAAGAUCCAGUCACCCCCACCAAAGCCCACCAUGACCUCCCCUCCACCCAACCAGGCCAACAAGAACCAGAACCAGCAGAUGAAGUCGCCGGCUGGAAAUGCAAACGGACAGCAGCAGAGGCAGCCCCCACAACCGAGCCCGAAGCAAGGACCGCAACAAAACCCCAGGUCCGGUCCUCAACAAAGCCCCAGGUCCGGUCCUCAACAAAACCCCCGAUCCGGUCCUCAACAAAGCCCCCGGUCCGGUCCACAACAAAGCCCCAGGUCCGGUCCUCAACAGGGCCCGCGAUUCGGUCCUCAACAAGGCCAGAGGACGGGCCCUUAUCAAGGCCAGAGGACGGGUCCAUAUCAAGGCCAGAGGUCAGGGCCACCGGCGACUAAGCCCAGCCAGCAGCCGGAGAAAAUGGUCACAAACGACGACGCGAUCGUGUCGGAUGGGCCCCGGGAAAAGGAGUUUAAGGCAGCACUUUCCAUGCUACUGAAACCUGGCGAGAAGGCGUACACACAGCGAUGCCGUCUGUUUAUUGGAAACCUCCCUAACGACAUCACAGAGGACGAUUUCAAGAAGCUGUUUGCGAAAUUCGGAGAGCCCAGUGAGGUCUUCAUCAACAAAAACAAAGGCUUUGGUUUCAUCCGAUUGGAGUCGCGUGCACUGGCAGAGAUAGCAAAAGCAGAGCUGGAUGACACACCAACAAGAGGCAGACCCCUGCGUGUCCGAUUUGCCACUCACUCUGCAGCUUUGUCCGUGAAGAAUCUGUCACCGUACGUUUCCAACGAACUCCUGGAAGAAGCGUUCUCACAGUUUGGAAUGGUCGAGAGAGCCGUCGUCAUCGUGGAUGACCGCGGACGCCCCACGGGCAAGGGCAUUGUUGAGUUUGCCUCCAAACCUGCAGCCAGAAAAGCCCUGGAUCGGUGCAAUGAGGGCGUCUUCUUGCUUACCACGUCACCCCGGCCUGUCAUUGUUGAGCCUCUGGAGCAGUUUGAUGAUGAGGAUGGUCUUCCAGAAAAGCUGGCACAGAAGAACCCCAGAUAUCAAGUAGAGCGCGAGGAACCCCCUCGUUUUGCUCGUCCCGGCAGUUUCGAAUACGAGUACUCAAAGCGCUGGAAGUCCCUGGACGACAUGGAGAAGCAGCAGAGGCAGCAGGUAGAGAAGAACAUGCGCGAGGCCCGUGAGAAGCUGGAGAGCGAGAUGGAGGAAGCGUACCAUGAACACCAGGCCAACCUGCUGAGACAGGAUCUGCUGAGGCGGCAGGAGGAGCUGCGGCGCAUGGAGGAGUUACACAGUCAGGAGAUGCAGAAGAGGAAGGAGAUGCAGCUCAGACAAGAAGAAGAGCGUCGCCUGCGGGAAGAAGAGAUGAUUCACAAGAGGGAGAUAGAAGAGCAGAUUCGCCGCCAGCGUGAGGAGAACUACAGGAUGGGCAACUUCAUCGACAGGGAACGGGAAAUGAGAAUGAAUUCCAGUGGAGGUUUGGGCAUGGGUGAAAUGUCCUUUGGUGGGUCCAACCAGAAGUUCCCCAUGGGUGGCCUGGGCUUUGAGGGCCAGCAGGGACUGGGAUCAGCUUCUGGAGGCCUGAUGGGCAAAGAAAUGCGCAAUGAGCGCUUUGCUCAGGGUGGCCCCAGGGGUAUGGGUCCUGGUAACGCCGGGUACGGCAGGGUCCGCGAGGAGUUUGAUGGCCCCGCUAAGAAACCCCGUUUUUAAACACUGCUCUUUGAUGCUCCCAGCAGCAACAUUUGUACAGAUUCUUCACAUCAAACCUGUUGAGUCGAAUUUCAUGUAUUUAAGUUUAAAUUGUUGCUACAUUUUAGCUUGACAAUUUACUCAUUUUAUGACAAAGUCAAUAUUUUCCUUUUUUUAUUUUGUAUUGUCAGUAGUUUGGAAAUAUGGGACAACCUCGUGUGGUCCGUUAGUUCUUUCUGACCCAUGUAUAAUUUUCUUUUCUAGAUGUACUUUGCUCUGUGAGUCGCCGUGAAGUGAUAAUUGUAACAACUUUCUCUACUUUAUAUGGCUGUGUUUUGUGCCAUACAUUUGGAGUCAAAGCAUGUAUUAUAAUAAAGACACAUUGGUUCCAUCAGGACAAA